AAUGUCUUUUGAUGAAAUGAAUGAAUUAAAGAAACAAUUAGCAGAUCUUUUAAAGAAAGGUUUUAUUCGUCCUAGUAUCUCACCUUUUGGAUCACCUGAACAUCAUGAUGUUGAGAUUGCUGGUCACCUUGGAAUUGAUAAAACAUGUGAAUCACUUAUGAGAAAUUUUUAUUGGCCAAGAAUGAGUAAAGAUAGUAGUAAUCAAAUGCCUGCAGGACUGUUACAACCUUUAUCUAUACCAAAUCUGAGAUGGGAACAAGUCACUAUGGAUUUUAUUGUCCAACUCCCAUUAACAUGCCAAGGAAAAGAUGCAAUUGUAGUUGCAAAAAUUUUCUUUUCAGUAAUUUUUAAAAAUCAUGGAUUGCCCAAAGCAAUCAUUUCAGAUCGAGAUGCAAAAUUUACCAGCAAUUUCUGGAAAACACUUUUUCAACAAUUAGGUACUAAGUUGUCAAUGUCUACAGCUUUUCAUCCUCAGUCAGAUGGUCAAACAGAGAGAAUGAAUCAUACAUUAGAAGAAAUGUUAAGAAUUUAUGCAACAUACAAUCAAGACCAAUGGGAUGAAUAUUUACCUGCAGCAGAAUUUGCAUACAAUAAUUCAAAGAAUGUCUCCACAGGUUUCACACCUUUUGAACUUGAUUGUGGAUAUCAUCCAAACACCCCAGUGACAAUUUUAUCGAAUAAUUCAACAAGAGUUGCUACUGUGAAUGAAUUCUUAGAUCGUUGGAAUAAUAUGAUGAAAAUAGCAAGAGAUACAUUAAUAUUAGCACAAGAAAAACAAAUUAAAUAUGCAAAUCAACAUCGACACCAUUAUAUUGGUCCAUAUAAGAUAAUAGCAGAAAUAUCAAAAACAGCAUAUAAAUUAGAAUUACCAGCAAAUUUAAAAAUUCAUCCAGUGUUUCAUGUCUCACUCCUUAAGCCAUAUAAAGAAUCUGAUGAAUUUGAAAGGGAAAUUCCACCACCACCUAUUUAUAUAGCAGAAAAUGAUCAGGAGGAAUAUGAAGUUGAAAUGAUCUUGGACAAAAGAAUUAUUUGUAAAAAGCCACAGUACCUUGUGAAAUGGUUAGGUUACCCACUAUAUGAUGCUACAUGGGAACCUAUGGAACACCUAAAGAAUUGUCAAGAAAAAGUCAGUGAAUAUGAGUCAACAAGGACAUUGAACUUAAAGGGGGAAAAUGUAACAAUCUUUAAUCUUGAUCG